UCGGGACCAUCAGGAGGAGGCCUGAUUGCUGCAACGCUAUGGGAACCACUAUUGCUGAAAUCCCAGACGAUUGUUUAGCCAUGAUCGUGCGUCUCCUCAAUAACUGGGAAGACCUCAAUGCCUUUAGCCUGACUUGUCAGAGGUGGCUAAGGGUCGACAGCUCAACUCGUGGCUCCUUGAGGUUACGUUGCAUCUAUACCCCAGAAGCAUCUGAGGACUACAUUAAAUAUCUUCCAAGACUCUUAGCCCGGUUCACCCACCUCAGCUCAAUAUCACUAGCUGGUUGCACCAAACUCACAGACCAUGGGCUAGCCUCCCUUUCCCUAAAUGGCUCGAGGCUACAAGCACUAUGCCUCGACCUGUGCCUGGGCCUUACUGAUUCAGGCGUAGCCGACAUCUCAGCUGGGUGCCCCAACUUGACCUAUAUAAGCCUCUAUCGAUGCAACAUCACUGACACUGGGCUUCGAGUCUUGGCUGAGUCUUGCAAGAGCCUAGAACAUGUGAACCUUUCAUGCACCACGGUCACUGACACGGGGCUUGAGGCUCUAUCCUCCGGGUGUCCAAGUCUCACUACACUAGUCAUAACCAGUUGUACAGGAAUAAGAGGAUAUGGGCUAAGGCAUUGUGGUGAGUUAGCAUUGCUGGAGGCUGACUCAUGUAGGUUUAGUCCUGAGGGGCUUGCCCAUGCAGUGAGUGGGGGUUCGCUCGAGUAUCUGAACCUAUCAAGCCCGAGGGGCUGGACCGGAGGGGACCAGCUAGGCUCGAUUGGGCUCAGGUGCUCGAGCCUAAGGUACUUGAACCUCAGGCUAUGUCGGUUUGUGGGGGACGAGUCAGUCUGUGCUAUAGCCAAAGGGUGCACUAGGCUAAAGGAGUGGAACCUUGGGGUGUGUCACGGUGUUGGGGUUCUGGGUUGGAGGGCUAUAGGGACUGAUUGUUUGAAUUUGGAGAUAUUACAUGUGAAUAGAUGCCGGGGCCUAUGUGAUGUCGGGUUGAGGGCAUUAAGGGAUGGGUGCAAGAGGCUUAGCGUGUUGCAUAUUAGCUGGUGCAGGCAGGUUACUAAUGCGGGUUUGGAGUCGUUCAAGCUGGCAAGGGGUGGAGUUGAAGUGAGGAGGAUUGAGUCUGUAACGUUGCUUGGGCUCAAUGAGUUAUUGUGUGAGAGGAAGAGGUUGGCUUCAUGUGCUCCUUGAAGGUGCUUAGAGGGGAGAUUUUUCUGUCUUGAGUGAAUUACUUUCGGAGGGAGACCAAGUAGUCUUCUGUUGAUUGAAGGUGACUCUCUCUCUCUCUCUCUCUCUCUCAAGUGGGUGAUUGGGUAGGCCUACCCUUAGAUUUUUUUGUUGUUGGGGGGUUUGUGUUGAGGAGACUUGUGACGGCCUGUUGUUAUGAAUGUUUCAGCUUUGAGUGGAUAUGAUUAUUCAGUUGUUAGAUGACCCUCUCUCUCUCUCCAUGUGUAUGUAAAGUUGAAUUGAGUGGAUAUGAUUAUUCAGGACUUGUUGGACUCUCC